AUGAACACGAUGAUGAUUCCUAGUUCUAGUAGUUUUAAGAUUCUAGUUACUCUUGGUGUGCUUUUCAGUAUGCAGAUGUUAACUCACAUGGAAGCUUCUUCUAGCUCAAGGGUUGAACACCUUCCUGGUUUUCAAGGGCCACUUCCUUUUCAACUUGAAACCGGGUAUGUGGGGUUAGGAGAAACAGAUGAUGAUGACGACAUGCAAGUGUUCUAUUAUUUCAUCAAAUCAGAAAAUAAUCCUCAAAAAGAUCCUCUUAUGCUUUGGUUGAGUGGUGGCCCUGGCUGUUCUUCUAUUUCUGGCCUUAUCAUUGAAAUAGGUCCAAUUAAAUUUGAAAUAAAGGAGUACAACGAGAGCUUGCCUAAUUUGAUCUUGAGGCCAGAAUCAUGGACAAAGCUAUGUAGUAUUAUUUUUGUAGAUUUGCCAUUUGGAACUGGUUUCUCCUAUGCAAAAAAUACCAGUGCUCAAAGAAGUGACUGGAAGAUUGUUCACCAUACUCAUCAAUUUCUUCGAAAGUGGUUGAUUAAUCAUCCAGAAUUUCUUUCAAAUGAAUUCUAUAUGGGAGGAGAUUCAUAUUCUGGAAUUCCUGUCCCUGCCAUUGUUCAAGAAAUUAUAAAUGGAAAUGAAAAAGGUCUCCUACCCUUGAUAAAUCUCCAGAGAUAUCUUUUAGGAAAUCCAGUGACAGGAUACAAAGAAUUUAAUUAUCGAGUUCCAUAUGCUCAUGGAAUGGCACUCAUUUCUGAUGAACUAUAUGCGUCACUUAAGAGAAAUUGCAAAGAAAACUACAUAGAUGUAGAUUCCAGAAAUGUACUAUGUUUAAGAGAUAUCCAGUCCUUUAAAGAGUGUAUUUCAGGAAUUAAUUAUGAAUAUAUUUUGGGUCCUUCUUGUCAAGAUGGUAUGAAUACGUGGAGAAGAUCUUUAACUCAGGAGUUUAAGGAUUCUAUUAGUUCUCAAUCUCAUCUCAAAGUUCCUGAAGUAAACUGCCAAUGCGCAAGAUGUCCUGGAUCUGGUUACAGAUGGUUAUGUACCAACUGCAGCAGAUGCAACUGA